AGGCAGCUCCCAGACAAGCCCGAGAACACGUAUCUCUGCCAGAUCUACAACCUGACGCUCCUCUGCAUGGAGGAUUAUAUUGUUGAGCCCCAAUCGGUGCAGUUCCUGGUGCAGCACGGCUUCGACUUCAACAAGCAGUACUCCCAGGGGAUUCCUUACCACAAGGGCAAUGACAAGGGCAAUGAGAAGCAGACCCAGAGCGUUCGGACUUUUUUUCUGGAGCUUAUACGAGCAAAGAAACCUCUUAUUCUCCAUAACGGCCUGAUCGAUCUGGUCUUCCUGUACCAGUGCUUCUACGCUCACCUCCCAGACAACCUCGGCACCUUCACCGCUGACCUGUCAGAAAUGUUUCCAGCAGGAAUAUAUGACACCAAAUAUGCUUCAGAGUUUGAGACUCGCUUUGUAGCAUCCUAUUUGGAGUAUGCUUACAAGAAGUGCAAGCGAGAGAACUGCAAGCUGAAGGACUCGAGCAGCCAGCAUCUCACCGUUGAGUUCUGCAACUACCCUGCCAACAUGUCCUGUUACAUCGACUAUCGCCACUGUUCCCUGGAAGAAGAAAGCCACAACGUUGGAGGGGGAAAUAAAGUGCCUGCCUAUGGCUGGUGUCCAAAAGGAGUAAAGUGUCCACAGUCUCAUAAUAUUGACCUCAUAAUUGAUGAGGAUGACAGGCUUUGGGAGGAGAAGCGCAAGAAACGGAAGCACAAAUGGAAGCGUCGGAAGAACACAGAAGAGCCUGCAAAGGCGUUUGAAGAGGAAAGCUCAGGGAAAGAAAUGGAGCUAGCUCAGAAUGGGGAGGAGGGACCGCCCCGAAAACAGAGCUGCUAUGAACCUGCAGCUGCUACAGAGCUGGCAGAGCUCACACCCAACAGUGAGGGCAGGCCACUGGAGGAGAGCUCCACAGACAUGGAACCAGAGGUCAGCUCAGACACCAGCACACAACGGGAAGAGGAUCUGGGGAGCACUGAAGGAACUGCUGCACAGGUAGCAGCUGCUGUGAGCCCUUCCGCCAAGGGAAAUGCCUCUGACAGUGACCAAGCGGAGGGGAAGUCAGAAGUUUGUGCUGGGGUGGGCUCAGUCAAUCACCCAAACAUCUCUCAGACUGAAGCAGCAUGUGCUGCAGAAAAGGAAAAGGAAACCAAUGGUCCACCUUCGCAGGGGGGCACACACCGAGCUGGCUUUGAUGCAUUCAUGACUGGCUAUAUCAUGGCUUAUGUCUGGAUGCUCAAGAAAGGAAAAGACUUGGAUCCUGGUGCAGGGCCUUGGUUGCCAGACUGCCAUAAUAAACUGUACCUCAGUGGAAAAUCAGUGCCACUUCAAAUAGUGAAGAGCUUGUUUUCUAAAUCUUCCAAAGCUCACAGCCAGAAGAUGAAGUUGGCCUGGGCCAGUGGAUAGAGCUAGAGGACUUGCUGAACUGGGCUUUUUUUUUCCCCCCUCACAUUUUGAAGUUCUUUAUUCCGUCAAGAACUGACCAGAAGGGGAGCAAGUUUCUUAUCCUUGUUUUUGUUUUAACUUCUGACGGAUUAAAUUGCACUCAAUUGGA